AAUAAAAUAGAAAGGAUAGUUGUUUCUUUAUCAUACAUUUAAAGUAAAGACGUUCAACUACUAAAGGAUAAUGGCAAACGUAGAAAUCGACAUCGUAGGUGAUAUGCAAAUACCACAACAAAAACAAAAAUCUAGCACUGGGUUUGAAUUCUUACAGAUACCACAACUUCCACUUAAUAACAUAGGAUAUCCUCAAGCUCAUGAAUGGAUUGAACAUAGAAAAGCAAAUAUUAGAUCAUGGUCUUUGUUUCUUAAUACAAGCAAUAUAAGACCUGCUCCUAGUUUACCAAGAUUGAGUAAAAGAAUUGUUAGAAAUAUUGAAUAUUUCCAAAGCAAUUAUUUAUUUGUAUUUAUUGGAUUAGUUAUAUAUUGCUUGAUUACAUCACCAUUGUUGCUACUUGCUGUUGUUGCAUCUCUUGGUACUUGUUACAAAGUUUCACAGCGUCAUGCUAAACAAGAACUUAUGAUAUUUAAUCAUAAAUUAACAUUAGUUCAAGUUUAUACUUUGGUAGGAAUUUGUUCAUUGCCAAUUUUUUAUUUGGUUGGUGCUGGUGCAGCUCUAUUUUGGGUUCUUGGUGUAUCCUGGUUUUUAAUAACUUUACAUGCAGCAUUCUAUAAUAUAGACUCUGUAUUAUGUCCAGGAGAAGAUGAACUCAAUUCUUUAGUUAUGCAAGAAGUAUGAUCUGUAUUAUAAAAGAUUUAUGUACAAUAAAAAACAAAAAUACAAAUUUUAUGUAAUAUGUAAAUAAUAUAAAAUAUUACAUAUUUAUGUAUUAAAAGAUAUAUGUGAAUCUUGAUUUUAAAUAUUUUGAUGAAUUUUAAUUUGAAAUAAUAGAUGAUAUAUCAAAUAAGAAGAAUCUUUACAUAAUUUACAUUUACAUUUUUAUAAAAACUAUAAAAAAAUAAUUUUGUAUUAUUAUCAUUUAAGAAAAUAAAAAAUUAUAAUAUAAAUUUAUAAUAAAUUAAUUUUAUAUAAUAAAUUAUAUAAAAUUUUAUAAAUUAAAAUAAAA